AUGUCGAUGUUGUUGGACGCCGGCCGCUGCCUGCUGGGCCUGCUCCGGGCCUGCCAGGCCGCCUCGCCGGCGGUCCCCCUCUCGGACUUCCACACGGUCCAGGUGCUGGCCGGCCCGGGGUACGGCGAUCGCCAGCGGAACAUCCGCCUGUGCGACUUCUUUUCGCAGCGCCUGCUCAUGGCCGGCGACACCGAUGGCUUCGACGACAUCAGCUACAUGCAGGUGUACUACUCGGUGCGCACCGGGCCCGAGGGCAAGCGCCAGGGCCACUUCGCCGGGCCGCGCGCCGUGCGCUUCCUCCCGGCCACCUAUGCGCCGAUCGCCUGCUUCAGCCAGUACCCCUUCGCGCCGGGCGGCCCGGACCGGGUGGCCCUGCACUCGCAAAUCGUGUCCACCAUCCCCCAGGUGUACAGCACCCCGGCCAUGGUGGGGAACCUGCUCCUCCUGACCAGCGACCACUACGCCGACAGGAUGCAAGUCUCCGGGACCGAGCAUGUGCUCAUCUUCGACCGUGCCUCCCCCCCGCGCGUGGGGGCCCACAUCCUGAGCAUCGCCCACUCGACCCUGCUGCUUACCAAGAUCACCGACGGCGUCAAUGUCGAGCCGAUCGCCCACAGCCCGCAGCUCGGCCAGCUCCGGCUCCUGACGGCCACCGACCUCGAUGGCGAUGGCCAGGUGGAUGCCGUGGUCGUGGGCCGGCCGACGCCUGACCUCCCCGGCUCGCCGGAGGCCCUGUACUGGCUGAGCAAUGUCGGCCGGCAGCCGGCGGCCAGCCCCACCCCCCUGGCGGAUGUGUCCAUGCUGUACCGGCUGCCGGCCGGCUUCCGCGCCGGGCAGAUCGUCGUCGGGGACUUUGACCAGGACGGCCUGGCCACGGACCUGGCCGUGGCCUCCGGCGCCGGGUCCUCCGGCCCGGAGCACAUCAUCUUCCUGCUGUCGUCGGAUCUGGCCGCGCCGGUGCACCUGUCGCUGGAGGCCAUGACCGCCGGCGACCCGGCCCUCGGGCAGGUGCCGCACUCGGCGCGGCAGCCCAAGAUCGCCCCGGCCCCGGGCCUCCCGGCGCCCGGGGCCACGGGCCUCCUGCUGGCCCAUGGCAGCCGGGUGUGGCUGGUCCCGGGCCCGGUGCGCCCGGUGGCCGGCCGCGCGUCCACCCUGGACCUGGUGGCGGCCGGGGCAUACCGGCUUCUGCCGGACUUCCCCACCGCCACCGAUGUCUGGUGGUCGGUGGCCACCGGCGACGUGGAUGCCGAUGGCCAUCUGGACGUGGCCCUGGCCCAUGGGUCCGUGCCCGGCCAGGUGUGGCUCCUGUCGCGGGUGAACGCCACGCCGGGCUGCCUGUGCGGCCCGGCGGCCAGCUGCCAGCAUGGCGGCUUCUUCGAGCAGCCCCAAUGCCACUGCCACGACCCGCAUGCCGACCCGGAUGUGGACUUUGCUCCGUGUGAAUUCUGCCGGCCGGGCUUCUUCCGUUUGGCUGCCGAUGACCCUUGCCAAGCCUGCCACCCCUCGUGCGCCAGUUGCCUCGGCCCGGCGGCCAACCAAUGCCACUCAUGCCCGGAGGGCAGACCCCUCCAGCAGGGGGCCUGCACCGAGGCGCCGGCCUCGACGCAAGUGAGCGUCACACUCCAGCACCCCGAGUGGCCCUUCUAUGAGGCGGUGCUGGGCGGGCCGGUUUCCGCGCCGGGCGGGCCCUCCCAGCAGCCCCACGUCAUUUGGCAAGGCACCGAGCCCCUCUCGCAAGUCGGCAUGGUGGAGGGAUACCUGCGCAUCGACAGCCACAUCAUGGUGACCCCCUCGGCCGAGGCGCUGAGAUUCCUGCAGGGGCAUCUCCCCGGCGGGGUGCUCUCCUUCCGGGAGGCCCCCCUGCGCGGGGGGUACCACGCCACCAGGCACGCCGCCACCAGCAUCGCCAUCGGGCCCCUGGGCAAGUACCACCAAAAGGUCCCGCUCGUGUGGGCCCAGCCCCUGGUGUCGGCAUGCCUGGCCGCCUCGCCAUCCGGCAUGUGCCAGACCUUCCAGCAGGGGGUCCAGAUCGCCGAGGGCGAGGUGACCCUCGGCCGGGUGGCCGGCCCCCCAGGCUCCCAAGCCGUGGUCCGCAUGCAAAUGGGCCAGCUUUUCGCCGACCGCCAAAUCAGCCCCCACGCCGUCCUCUCGGUGCAGUGGCUCGCCGUGGACAAUGACUUCGGCAUCGAAACCAUGGUGGCCCUCGUGGAGCAGGCCCCCCCGCCCCCCGGCACGCCCGGCCCCUCGGCCCCCGGCUGCCAGCUGCUCUGGUUCCCGAUCACCAACCCCGAGCCCACCUCCGUCCUGGCCGCCCCGGGGGAGGUUCUCCGGUCGGAUGUGCCCUGCGGGCGCCUGAUGCCCAUGCUGUCGGGCCCCGGCCAGCGGCCGUCCUUGCUGUUGGCUCCGCGCCGGCCGGACCCGGCCACCGGGGCCCUGCUGCUGCUCCUGCGCAAUGCCGCCUCGGGCCAUGUCUUCCGGCCGGACUUCCAGCCGCCGGUGGUGCUGCUCACCCUGCAGCAUGUCGGCCACGAGCCCGGCACCCCGGACCUGGGCCCGGUGGUGGCCAGGCCCGACCCGCUGGCCAUGGGCCCCGGCCGGGCGCGGGUCUUCCUCUGGUCCGGCGCGUGGCUGCACCUGGUGGACCUGCUGCUGGACCCGGCCGGGCCCGGCACCCACCAAGUCCACGUCCAGCACCAGCCCCUGGUCCCGCGCCGGGACUUCGACCCCUUCCAGGGGCAGGACCUGGAGCUGCUGGUGCUGGAUGUCGAGCCGGACGGCCACUCCGAGGUGGCCAUGUACAGCCCCGCCACCGGGGCCGUCACCCUCUUCCGCCGGGCCUCCGUGGACAAUGGCUGCGGCUGUGGCAUCGCCGGGGCCUGCCGCGUGCCCGCCGGCUGGAGCCCGGGGGCCGUCUGCCCAGCGGCGCUGGCGAGCGCCCGGCACCCGGCGCCCGGCCGGCCGGCCCGCGCCCAGGCCUGCGUCCACCAGCCGACCGCCCUCCGCGCGGCCGACCUGUGCCAAUGUGCCCCGGGGUUCCUCACGCCGGACCCGAUGGGGGAGCUGUGCGGCCAGUGCGAUGCCGCCGGGCCCGGGGCCCAAGCCCGGCCGGCCCCCGACCCGGCCCCCGACCCGACCCCCGACCCGGCCCCCGACCCGGCCCCCGACCCGGCCCCGAUGGCCCAGCCCCCGGGUGCGGCCCGCUGUCACGGCGACUGCCCGAUGGCCGGGUGCCUGGUGUGCCGGGAGGCCGGGUGUGCUGUCUGCGAGGCCGGGCUGCUGCUCACCGAGGCCGGCCAGUGUGCCACCCGGUGCGACGACCCGCACGCCCCGGUGCUGGAUGGCCAGCGCUGCCAGGCCAUCACCCCGGCCGAGGUGUGGGUCGCCGCGCGGCACGUCCCCCUGCACGCGGACUGGGCCGCCAUGGAUGCCGUGCAGGUGGCCCGCAUGCGGGUCCUCCAGUCGACCGCCGGCGCCCGGCUGCCCAUGCUGUCCCACACCCACUUCCUGCAUUUGGCCACCCUCCGGCCGGAGGACGGCCAGCGCGAGGACUGGCUGGUGUCGGUGGCCGAGCUGCUGCCGGAUGGCCGCCCGGCCGAGCCGCGGUCCAUUCGCCUGGCCGAGGCCGUGGCCUUCAUGCGCGACUACUGCACCAGCCGCUUCGAGUCGCAGGUGGCCUCGGCCUCGUCGGCCACCUGCCCGGCGGGCGGGCCGCAUGGCCUGCCCGGCCUGUCGGCCGAGCGUCGCACGCGCCCCGGCUGGGUGAUGACCAGCCGCGCCGAUGGCCGGGACCCGGUCGCCGCCGCCGCCGCCGCCGCCGCCGCCAUGCGCGGCCCAUCGGCCGGCCGGUCGCCCGGGCCCGAGCACCCGCCGGGCGCGCGGCCAAGCAUGUCGGCCGCCGGCGGUGGCGGUCCCCCCCACCAGUGGGACACCGUGCCGGUGGGCUUCCUCCCGGGGUUGCCGCGGCCGGUGCCCAUGCCUUGGCUCGCGGCGCUGGAGAAGGCCCCGCCGCCGGGGGCCGCCACCGCCACCGCCACCGCCACCGCCACCACCAUCGAGCCCGGGCCCCACCCUCCAGGCCUGGCCAAGCAGGCACUCAGCCAGAUGCUCGACAUGGCGGUCCAUGUCAUGGCCAUCGGGCCGGGGCCGCCGCCGCCGGCGGCCGGCAGCCAGCCCCCCCAGCCAGCGGGCCUGUGCGAUGUCACGGGCCAGGCCCUGCCCCAGGUGUCCCACCUCCAGCUGGCCAUCAUCCAGCUCCACUCGCUCAGCGUCACGGACAUCGACGUCCUCCGGCAUUGCUGGAUCCAGGUCCUGCCCUUGCCCUUCCCCGAGGCCGAGGUCUUCCUCGACCAGACGGCCCACGUGCCGGGGUCCACGUCCUGGGGCAUGCGCCUGGCCCGGCUGCCGGCCGGGGCCGGGCCCGAUGCGCGCGAGGACUUCCUCCUCAUCCACCGCCAUGCCCUGCCCCCCGUCGGCGGCGGCCUGCCGGGCACGUGCGAUUACGUGCUUGUCCGGCUGACGCCCCGGCCGGCCGGGGCCCUGCCCUGGUACCAGGCCCACCGGUCGACCAUCCUCGGCGUCCUCUUCGGGUCGACGUCCCUGCAGAGGCUGGAAUCCGUGCGCGAUGUGUACCCCUCGCAUGCGGUCCAGCAGCCGGGGCUCCUGCUGGCCACCAGCAGCAGCCCCUGCCUGUGGCCGCUGGCCCCGGAUGACCUGGCCAUCACCAAUGCCGUGCUGGUGCCGUCCAACCUCGGCGACCAGACGCGCGUGGCGCUCGUCCGCGCGGACGGCCUCGGCGACAGCAUUGUCGUGCUGGACUUCACGUGCAUCAUGCAGACCCAGUGUCUCACGCACUUGCCGGGGCCGGACUCCGGGGGCCCCGGCCAGGCUGGCCCCCUCCGGCCGGAUUACGGCUGCCCCAUGCAGGUGCUCGAGCGCGAGCCGAUCACCGAGGAGGUCAUCCUCCAGGUGCUGGAUGUGGAUGGCAACCUGCUGAUGGACUAUGUCCUGAUUUACCCCGGCACCGGCCGGGUGGUGGCCUACCUCGUGCUGGACAGCCACCAUGGGUCCCUCCGGCGGGUGGUCAUGCUGCCGGGCCGGGACCCGGCGGCCGGGGCCGCGGCCGCGCCCGGCCACUCGCCCCCGCCGCCGCCCCGCCCCGGGGCCCUCUUCCUGGCCGACAUCGACCAGGAUGGCCAUGUGGAGGUGGUGGUGCUGGACCGGGCGCAGGGCCCGGGCCAGCCGGCGGCCAGCCUCACGGUUUACGCCCGGUCCGACCAGACCACCGGCUGGUGCCCGCCCGGGGUGGACUUCGACCCGGCCGCCGGCCAGUGCGCCUGCCAGGACCCGGGCAUGUUCCUCAGCCCGGUGACCGGCCGCUGCGAGUGCAUCCUCCAUGCGGCCCCGGCGGCCGGGCCCGGGGCCCGGGGGUGUGUCUGCCCGCCGAGCAUGCGGGCCACCCCCUCGGCGUGUGUCUGCCAGCCGGGCCUGCUGCCGGUGGCCAGCGAGGCCACCGGGCUGGCCCUCUCGCCGGGCCACUGCGCCGCCUGCCAUGCCACCUGCGCCAUGUGCUCGGCCAGCCGGCCGGGGCUGUGUGCCGCCUGCCGGCCGGGGGACCUGCUGCAGGCCGGCACCUGCGUGGCGGCCUGUGCCCCGGGCUUCGCCAUCAGCCCGGACGGCCGGCAGUGCAUCGCCUGCGCGGCCUCCUGCGCCACGUGCACCGGGCCGGCCGCCCAGCAGUGCACCUCGUGCACCGGCAGCCACUUCCUGCCGGGCGGCGUGCCCGGCGCCUGCCGGGCCUGUGACGUGGCGUGCGGCAAGUGCGUCGGCCCGGCGGCCUCGCAGUGCAUCGACUGCGCGGCCGGCUGGCUGCGGGCCCCGGCCGGCGAGUGUGUGCGCACCUGCCCCGAGGGCACCGGCCUCUCGGCCCCCGGGUCCGGGGUGUGCGCCGCGUGCGCCGAUCCCGGCUGUGCCAUGUGCCUCACGGCCGAGGCCGGGGCCAUCUGCCAGGCCUGCCGCGAGGGCUUGCAGGUCGAUGCCUCCGGCAAGCGGUGCCUGCAGUGCGAUGUGUCCUGCGACACGUGCAGCGAUGCCGGGCCGGCCGGGUGCCUGACCUGCGCGCCGGGGCGCCUGCUGCACGAGUCGGCCUGCGUGGCUGCCUGCCCGGCCGGGACCUUCGCCAGCGGGGCCCUGUGCGACCGGUGCUCCAGCCGGUGCGCCACCUGCAGCGGGCCCCUCUCCAGCGAGUGCCUCUCCUGCCCGGCCGGGUGGCUGCUGCAGCCGGACGGUGCCUGCCGGCCGGCCCCCUGCCCGACGUGCGUCUGCAAUGACCCCGCCUGCGAGGCCUGCAGCCCGGCCAACCCGGAUGAGUGUCUCCUGUGCGGGCCGGGGCUGCUGCUGCUGCUGCCGGGCGGCACAUGCGCCAGUGCCUGCCCGCCCGGCAUGUACACCACCCCGAGCGGCGACGCCUGCCUGCCCUGCCACGCCUCCUGCGCCGAGUGCUCCUCCCACCGGUCCAGUGCCUGCACCGCCUGCCCGGGGGCGCAUGUGCUGGACCGCGGCCACUGCCGGGAGGCCUGCCCGCGGCUGGGCUUCUUCCAGGAGGGCACCGCCUGCACGCCCUGCCACGGGUCGUGCCUGGCGUGCGCCGGGCCGGGCCCGGACCAGUGCGACCUCUGCCCCCGGACCCAUGUGUCCCAUGAGGCUCGCUGCUUGGAUGCCUGCCCGCCGGGGACCACCCCCCUGGCCGGCGGGUGUACCCGGUGCGAUGGGUCCUGCGCCCAGUGCGCCGGGCCGAUGGCCGACCAGUGCACCGCCUGCCCGGCCCGGCCCGGGGCCGGCCUCUGGCAGGGGGCCUGCCCGGCCGGCUGCCCCUCCGGCACCUUCCCCGAGGCCGGGGCCUGCCUGCCCUGCGGGCCGCACUGCCUGGAGUGUGCCGGGCCGGCCGGCGUCCAGUGCACCCGGUGCCGGGGGGACCUGCUCCGGCACCCGGGGCACGGCUGUGUGGCGGCCUGCGGGCUGGGCUUCGCCCCGGUGGGGGCCCAGUGCACGGCCUGCCAGCCGGAAUGCCGGCACUGCGACCCGGCCCCCGGGCAUUGUGUCCAGUGCCCGGAGGGGGCCCUCCUCGGGGCCACCCCCGGCACCUGUGUGGCCGCCUGCGCCGGGGCCCAAUUCCCGGACCACACCUUCCCCCAUGCGCCCCGGUGCGCCGACUGCCAUGGCGAUUGCGCCGCCUGCGAGCGGGGCCCCGGGCCGGAGGACUGCACCCUCUGCCGGGCCGGGGCCCUGCUCAUGCCGGGGGCCGGGUGCGUGGCCGACUGCCCGGCCGGCUUCUUCGAGGGGCCGGACCCGCGGUCGGCCGGCGCCGGCCAGUGCGCCCCCUGCGCGGCCGGCUGCGCCGCCUGCACCGGGCCCGACCCGGGCGCCUGCACGCGCUGCCUCGAUGGCCGGCUCCUGCUGUCGGGCGUGGGGGGCUGCCUGCCGGCCGGGGUGGACACCUGCCCGGGCGCCUGGCACACGGACGCCGCCGGGCGCCGGUGCCUGCCCUGCCCGCCGGGCUGCGCGCGGUGCGACGCCUCGCCGGACGACUGCCAGCAGUGCGGCCCCGGCUGGCGGUCCAUCCGCCUGCUGGACCGCCAGCCCACGGACGCCAGCCCGGCCGGCUCCGGCCCGCGCACCUGCGUCGACGACUGCCCCGAGGGCUGGUUCGCCCCGGGGCCCAGCGCCGACGGGUGCUCCGCGUGCGACAUGUCCUGCGCCGUGUGCCGCGGCCCGGGGCCGGAUGGCUGCCUGGCCCCGGGGUGCGAGGGCCCCGGCUCCUGCCGCAACAGCCGCGCGCUUGUCCUGCCCAUCGCCCUGUCGCUGGGGCUGCUGCUCCUGCUGCUGGCGGCGCUGCUGGUCUUCUUCCUGCUCUAUCGCCGCCGGCUCCGCCGCCAUGCGGCGGCGGCCGCCGCCAAGGAGGCCCAUGCCAUCCCCCUGCGGCGCCUCGGCAACCCGGAGGACCUGACCGUCAUGAACACCAUCAUGGCCGCCGGCGUGGCAUUCAUCCACGCGCGCGACAUCGUCCACCGGGACAUCAAGCCGGGCAAUGUCUUUGUCCGGCCCGACCCGGGCAACCCCUCGCGCCUGCAGCCCGUCAUCGGCGACUUCGGCGUGGCCCUCGUGCUCAGCCGGUUCAGCGUCAUCCCCACCCUGGGCGAUGUGCCGGCCGGCAGCGUGCCCUACGCCCCGCCGGAGACGCUGGCCCGGCUGCACGGCCUGCCCUUCCCCCUGGCCCCGGCGGACGGCCCCGUGCGCUGCCUCCUGUCGGUGGACGUCUUCUCGCUCGGUGUGCUGCUCUUCGGCCUGCUGGCCGCGCGCCAGCCGUGGCAUGGCAUCCCGGCAGCGGGCAUCGUGCGCGCGGUGCUCGCUGGCCAGCGCCCGGAGGCGGAUCCCGCCACCGGGGCCCCGGAGCCCCUGUCGGCGGCCUUCGGCCCGGAGCCGGCCUGGCUCGAGCCCUUCCGCCAGGCCUACCGCCAGGCCUGGGCGCAGGACCCGCGCGCGCGGCCCUCCGCCGCCGCCCUGGCCGCCACCCUGGCCGACCUCGCGGCCGGGGCCGCCGCCACCUCCCCCUGACGCGCGGCUCCCCCCCCCCAACCCCCCCUGCACCCAAUACCACACACUCUGAUCUUUG